AUGGUGCUUACCGUGGGCCUCAGCCUCAUGUUGAGGUCUCUUUCUCCUUCAUCAUCGCCAGUAACCGCCGCCGCCACCACCACCCUUCAAGAAAUCGCUUCAAACCACCCCAAGGAUGUUGCAAAAGUUGUCCUGAAAAAAGGGAAAACACAACUCUUUAGGAAUGGAAGUCCAAUGGUGUACAGUGGGGCUGUUGAUAGAAUAAUUGGUAGGCCACCCCCAAAGACAGGAGAUGUUGUGCUGGUGGCUGAUGGCACAGAGAAUCCAAUUGGUUGGGGCUUGUACAACUCAGUUUCUAUGUUUUGUGUUCGCCUCAUGCAGCUGGAGGAAGAAACAGCAGGAGAUCCUUCUUGUGCAUUGAAUGUGGAGAAACUUCUCGAGACAAGAAUUCAUGCCGCAGUUGAAUUACGUAAGAAUUUGGGGCUUCCCUCUGUGAGUACAAAUGCGUAUCGUCUUGUCAACAGUGAGGGAGAUAGGUUAUCAGGCCUUAUUGUUGACAUUUUUGGAGAUUUAGCCGUGAUAGCGUCAUCAGCUGCUUGGGUUGAAAAGUACAAGGCACAAAUAAAGGCGUGCAUUAGCGCAUCUAUCAAAAUAAACAGUAUAUGCUGGAGACCGUCUAUUGAGAUUUUGAGGGAAGAAGGCAUCAAUUUUGCUGAUUUGGAGGAAAUCGAUUCAUAUACUCCUCUUGAAAUGGUGAAGGUUAUCGAGAAUGGGAUUUCAUAUCUAAUAUCACCGGAUGGCCAGAAGACAGGAUUUUAUGCUGACCAGCGUGAGAAUCGUCAGUUCAUAUCAACAAUUGCAGAGGGGCAGAGAGUUCUUGAUAUGUGUUGCUAUACUGGCGGUUUUUCUCUAAAUGCAGCACGUGGUGGUGCUGUGAAUGUCAGAGGUGUUGACACAUCAUUGCCUGCUUUGGAGCUUGCUAACAAAAACAUUUUCCUAAAUAACCUGGAUCCUGGGAAAAUAUCAUUUCUGCGACGAGAAGCAACUGAUUUUAUGAAGGAUGCUAUUUCUAGGAAAGAAUCAUGGGAUAUAGUAAUUAUGGACCCCCCUAAACUAGCACCACGAAAAAAGGUUCUACAGAGUGCAUCUGGCAUGUAUAGGAAUUUGAACUCAUUAGCCAUGCGAUUGACAAGAAGGGGUGGUCUUCUCAUGACCUGCUCAUGUUCGGGAGCCAUGACCCAAAGUGGGAUGUUCUUGCGUAUUCUUCAGGGUGCUGCAUCAACAGCUGGGAGAAAAAUUGCAGUUGUUCGCGAGGCUGGAGCAGCAUGUGAUCAUCCACUUGAUCCAUCCUAUCCAGAGGGAGCUUACCUCUCCAACAUCUUGCUUAGAGUGUCAUAA